AUGCAGCUGAAAUCCAGAAGCGAAAAAGUGCCAGAAGACAAAAGAAAUCUUCGGUUAAUUCGUUUCGGAUUGAUUCGAGAAGGAACAUCUGCUGCUAAAGGGAUGAGUGCCGAAGAUGCGGCUAAGAGACAGCGAUUAGCAGAAGUUUCUAGAAAGAAGCUAGAGAAUCUGCACAUGUUCAUAUCUCCCACCCGGCUGAUGAUUCAUAACUUGCCUAUGUCCAUGACUGACGAGAAAUUGAAGCAGAUCUGCCGUAACGCAACCGGAACAGCCGGUAUCAUCACAGAAUGCCGGAUAUGGAAGGAUACAGAAAAAGUUGAUGCAAAGGGGAAUCCACGUUCGAAAGGUUUUGCCUUUGUGAAUUUUGCUGAGCACAAGGAUGCUCUAACAUGUCUGCAGAAACUCAACAAUAAUCCUACGACGUUCACAAACGAACGACGGCCUAUAGUGGAGUUUUCGAUAGAGAAUCUCAUGGCCAUUCGGGCAAAAGCAAAAAGGGUCGCAAGCAGCAAAGGAGAGAAAUUGACAGGACGGGAGCUGAGUGAAAAGAUUAGGCAACAGGUGAGCGUCCUUUUCUUACUAGUGCUACGGCCUAUUGAAUCCUUUAUGUGA